AUGGUGUCCGCCAAAGCUUUACUAGCUCUCUAUGCCAUCGCAGGCAUCGUGCAGUCAUACCCUAUACACCGACCCAUCGAGGGCCUCUCGGAGCCUCACUUGACAAGCAGAUCACCAAGCCCGAGAUUCAGAAACCCAUUCGAUGUGGAUAGUUACCUGAGGAAUCUGGACUACAAGAUUCCGAACAACAAAAGUGUUCAACAAUGGGUAAAGGCGGCGAGGAAGAAGGGCGCACUGGCGGCUGCGGGGAAGUUUUCUGGUGAUGAUGAUGAUGAUGAUGAUGAUAAGCAUGAGGAUAAGAAAGAUCAUGACAACGACGACGACGAUGACGAAGACAAGAAGGAUAAGGAUAAUCACGACCACGACCAUGAUGACGAUAAACAUCACAAGACCAAAGGUACACCGAGAGUCAAUGGAGAGAAAGACAGCGAUCAUAAAGAUGACCACGACCACCAUCAACAUGCUGCUCAGUCUGCCUCAAAACCGGAUGACAAGCACGAUGAUGAGCAUGAUGACGACGACGACGACGACGAUGACAAAGACGACGUAAAUAAUGUGAACAAAGACGAAGUAGCGCAGCCAGCAAGGCCUACACCCACAAGCACACCCAAGACCGCAGAUAGCACGGUUACUUCAACCCCAAAACCUAACCAGGAGGGUGACGAGGCCAACAAUAUCGAAGUCAUGCAGCCCAACGAUACCCAGGACGCUGCCACACCCACCAUCCCUUCCAACACAGUUAGCGAAGGUAACAAUGCUGCCGCUCCUGCAGUUCAAACGGUCUAUGUCCCAGUCAACGUCUUCCCAACUCGCUUCCCCAACUUCCCAGACAUCGACGACGACGAAAAGCCAUCGCCUUCUUCGACACCACUACCCAUAUUCCCGCCCCCUGACGCCACCACGAAAGCGAACUUGCCGCCGACAGAUGUCUCUCAUUCUCCUAAAGAAAGCGCCAAUACCAACGGCGCAGAAGUCAGCGAGGCUCCAGUCGCUGAAGAUGCUACAAAUACACCGGAUGUCACCGAUGCCCCCGAAGUCGUUGAUGCUCCCAUGAAUGAGGAGCCGACCAGUGAUAACGUCGAUCCGACAAACACGUUCACUCCCACGCCGCAAAUGCCUUCGCACGAAGCUCAAUUGUCUAAAAUCAGUGAAUUGCUGGAUAUGUUCACGCCGAAAGACAAGUCUGACCCUUCAUAUUGA